AUGCGGUGUGUGAGCUUCCUCUCGGUGUGGACCUACCUGCUGGUCCUCGGCCCGGUGGUAUGGGGCGCCCCCAGCCAGUGCCCGGCCCAGUGUCACUGCCACGGGGACCUGCAGCAUGUAAUCUGUGACAACGUGGGGCUAAAGAAUAUCCCGCAGGUGUCCGAGGCCACCCGUCUGCUCAACCUGCAGAGGAACAACCUGGGCAGCCUGCCCACCGGCUCCUUCGCCAGCAGCAAGGGUCUCAUCUCGUUGCACAUGCAGCACUGCCAGCUCCGCGAGAUCGGCGGCCAGGCCUUCAAGGGUCUCAAGAAGCUCAUCUACCUCUACCUGUCCAACAACGAGAUCACCAGCAUCAAGCCGGGCGCCUUCGAGGACCUCACCGAGCUCACCUACCUCUACCUGGACGGCAACCGCAUCAGCGACCUACCCAAGGGCAUCUUCUCGCCCAUGAUCAACCUGUUCAUCCUGCAGCUCAACGAUAACAAGCUGCGCGACAUCAAGCCAGGCACCUUCGCCGGAGCCAAGGACCUGCGCUGGCUGCACAUGAGUGGCAAUGAGAUGAGCUCGCUGCAGCCAGGCUCUCUGGACGACGUGGAGAACCUGGCCAUCCUGCACCUGGACAGGAACAGGCUGUCCACCUACCCCGGCCUGGCCAUGAGCAAGCUGAGAGUGGUGGAGGAACUGAACCUGGCCAAGAACCCCCUGAGAAGCAUCCCUGACAACGCCUUCCAGAGCUUUGGACGCUACAUGGAGAAGCUGUACCUGGACGGCAUGGGGCUGGAGAAGGUUAGUCUCUCAGAUUGUUUGUGGGGUGGGUGGGGGUCACUUUUGUGGGUGCAAAGAGCUUAUUGAGUUGGGGAGAAUUAAGAGGUGAUUGAAAGUUUAAGAGAAGGGCAAUGCAAUAACAUGGCAUAGAUGUGGUAAAUAAGUAUACUAUGACGAAAGUAGAUUUAAAAAAUCUUUCAAGCCUUAGAAUAUUGAACAUUUACAACAGUUUCAUUUCAUGCAACCUGUAUCUCAAUUAUUUGAGGCACAGUUAUCAAUUAAGUAGACAUAGAAAGCUUCAGUAAUUAUUUUGUAUUCUUGUCUUAUAACCUCUAGCAACCCUGCGCAUUAGGGAGGCUUGUUGUUUGUUUGUUUUGGUUCUUCCAUAUUUCAUCUGCUUAUUUUUAUGUACAGUCUGGCUUGCCACCGGCCAACUCCCCCUUUUCCAGUAGCCAAAAGUAAUUUAUCUUCUCCCAGUUCUGUGGUUGCAUACUGUAUCCCGAGGGCAGGUGAUAAUGUGAGGUGGUUUAGUAGAUCUCUACCAUUCAUCAUAUGAUGACUGACCAUUCAAAGUUAUGAGAACGUGGAGUACUCAAAUCAAAUUAUUGGUCGCAUACACAUAUUUAGCAGAUGUUAUUGCGGGUGUAGCGAAAUGCUUGUGUUCCUAGCUCGAACAGUGCAGUAAUAUUCAACAAUAAUCACACAUCUAAAAGUAAAAGAUUGGAAUUAAGAAAUAUAGAAAUAUUAGGACGAGCAUUGUCAGAGUCCGGAGUAUAUAUAUUUUUAUAAUAAUAAUAAUUACACACACAAAAAAAUAAAAUAUAUAUAUAUACACACACACACACUUACUACCAGUCAAAAGUUUGGACACACCUACUCAUUCAAGGUUUUACUAUUUUUUACAUUGUAGAAUAAUAGUGAAGACAUCAAAACUAUGAAAUAACACAUAUGGAAUCAUGUCGUAACCAAAUAAGUGUUAAACAAAUCAAAAUAUAUUUUAUAUUUGAGAUUCUUCAAAUAGCCACCCUUUGCCUUGAUGACAGCUUUGCACACUCUUGGCAAUCUUUAUGCUUUAGUUGUCGUGAUUUCUCCGCAACGCUCCAACUGUAAACUAAUAAGAUCCUUAUGAUGACUUAUCCACCCAUAUGGGUAGAAAAUAGGUCACACGUGCUUUGGGUCAGGAUGCACAUGUGCCGAGACCAGCGGGAUCUCAGUCUCGGGCUGUUUGUCAGCAAAACAGUUGACUGUGCUUUUAGCCGUUGUUCUUUAACCCUGAUUGCUCUGCUCGCCGUACGGUGUGGUACAAAGAGAGCACCUGUCAAAGUCAGUAUAUCUCUGCACCUGAAAGAGUGUAGGUCAGGAGGAUUGCACAGUGGGAGAGAGGAUUGGUGUUCUAGUCUUGUGUUGCUCCAUUCCCAUAUAUAGUUGGUUGGUGGACUGUUGGCGCUGAAGAUUGGAUUCAUGUCCAAUUUAGCUUGGUGAGAACAAGAAGUAGAGUUGGGGGAGGGAUGAGGUCCCUGCUCUUUACAUUAAGGAGAUACAUGGGAAUGAUAUGGGCGACACAUACAUGCCUUCCUAAUUGGGAAUUCCAAACAAUAUCAGGUGGCCAAGUGACAUCACCUAGUAAGCAUCAUAACAAACCGCUGAUAUAAACCACACUCUUCAGCACGCACUGUAAACCCAGACACAACAUCAUACAGGGGUUCCUCAAGGAUAGCCCAAGAUAUCCUUGACCAUACAGUGAGUGGGCGGCGUUGACGCAGUGCUUGAUCAUUCCUGAGGUUCAGGUUGGUGUGUGAGGUGGGUGACCGUCUCAUUACACUUAAUGGUACAGUCCGAAGAGGCUUUUAAGAUCUGACUAGCUUCCAUCCUUUGGUGGGAAAGGAGUUUGAACUAUCAUACAGACACCCCAAGGUUAUAGAGAUCAUGGAACAACAGCAGGCACAGUCCAGACAGCACUGGAAAUUGUUUCCUAUCUAGAAAUAACACAGUCGAUCCUACACCUUGUAACCCAUAGCAUAACAAUGUAAGAUGUAACAAGGUUGAAUGAUCGCCAUCUCACUCGGCUGACCAACCUCAAUCAAGGCCUGAGUGGAGAGAUGGGAAAGGCUGGCCUCGAGACACUUAUCACAGAUAAGAGACCCAGAUGAGUGCUUGUUGCCUGAGUCCCAGUGAACACAGUGCCUGUUAUAACUCCAUAUACUGAUUGAUGGGUUAGCUUGCUGCUCCCCAUACAUUCCAAACACAGUUUAUUCAAUACUAGAAGUGGUCCUCUGUAGCUCAGCUGGUAGAGCACGGCGCUUGUAACGCCAAGGUAGUGGGUUCGAUCCCCGGGACCACACAUAUACAAAAAAAUGAAUGCACGCAUGACUGUAAGUCGCUUUGGAUAAAAGCGUCUGCUAAAUGGCAUAUUAUUAAUCCAAUAUUUGAGUUUAUCAAUCCAUGAUACAGUAUGGAGAGAUCCCACAGGGUAAAUGGUAAAAUAACAAGCAUCUCUCAGGCAGACUAUACCAGUGAAAGUGAGGGGAAAGCAGUGGGAGAUGGCAAGGUUUUGGGGUGGCACAUGGUAGGGGAGAGUAAAAAGCUAUUUUCCAGUCAAAAGUGGGUAUUUUUAGGGUGUUUUUGUUUGCUAGCCCGUAUCCAAGGAUGUACUGUACCAGCCAAAUUCUCAAAUUUUCGGUGUGUUUUUUCCCCUCGGCAGGAGGGUCCUGCCAACAGGUCAGUAAGGGUUAGGAGACCGGUAAAAAGAGGCAGGAUGUUCAAUAGCCCAUGAAGGACGGGUAUUUUUAGCUUGCCCAUUGCCCCUUAGGUGAAUGGACAAUUGGGCUCUUUGCAAGCCUUCCUGGCAGAGAAGUGGCUCAGAGAGAGAGAGAGAGAUGAAAAAAAAGAGAGCAAAAACAACCUGGCCACGCUGGAAGUCAUCCAUUUUCCAUUGCCGCAAAUUACCAGAAGCCUCCACCUUGGCACUUGCGCCCUUCCGCAGUGGAAAUUUCCAAAAGACACCUCAAUCAACAGCCUCAUCUCUUAUAGACUUACAUAACACAUGUUGCAAAAGCCCACCCUCCUCUCACGGCUGCCCCGGACCUCCUUCCCUCCCUCUCUCCUCCUGUUAAAAGGCUAAGAGCCAACCCACUGGACAAACUGGUUGAAUCAACGUUCUUUCAAUGUAAUUUGUCAACGUGGAAUCUACGUGAAAAUACAUUGUAUUUGGAAAAAGUUGUCACUGACAAAACUGUUGUUUUGAGGGUGAAAUUUCAAUGAUUAUGUCAUCAUGUUAACCAAAUUUCAACAUAGACAAACCUUGUAUAAUUUAUUUUGAAUUUGUACCUUUAAAACAAUGUCAGAUCUUAUAUCCACUAUCAGGCUUGGCAGCUCCUCCUACUGGAGAAUUGAUCUAUCUACAUCUACCCGUUUUUUUUUCUCCCCAAUUUCGAUCUUGUCUCAUCGCUGCAACUCCCCAAUGGGCUCGGGAGGCGAAGGUCGAGUCAUGCGUCCUCUGAAACAUGACCCGCCAAACCGCACUUCUUAACACCCGCCCGCUUAACCCGGAAGUCAGCCGCACCAAUGUGUCGGAGGAAACGCUGUUCAACUGACGACUGAGGUCAGCCUGCAGGCGCACGGCCCACCCACAAGGAGUCGCUAGAACGCGAUGAGCCAAGUAAAACCCCCCCCCGGCUAUAAAGCAUUUACAAAGUCAUCAACAGCUAUUGUUUCAAUUCAAUCCAGAAUUCAACUAAACAUAAACAAUACAAUAAGCCUAAGGUUUCAAGAACUGAUUGAUUUAAAAUGUAUUGAUAUUUAGUGAUAUUGAAUUGUGUUUGGUUGUCAAUGCAACCAAGUAUCAACAUUUGAAGGAGAUGUAUCUUCUGCUUGAAUAGUUCCUUCUGUGCCACUGACUUAGUCUGGCUUUAAUUCCAGUUUGUCUACACAUUAUUAAAUGAUAUUUGAAUUUAUGUCUCCAUCGCAACCAAAAAUCUAAGUUAAAGAAUAGGACUAAAUCAAAUUAAACUUUAAAUGCACUUCGACAAGUUAACAAAUUAUAUGUUGACAACCAAACACAAUUCCAUAUCACUUUUGAAAUACAAUAAAUAGCCUAUUAACUUGUCGACAAGUUAACAAAUUAUAUGUUGGAUUCACGUCUCCAACUCAACCAAAAAUACAAGUUAAAUAAUAGGAUUAAGCCCGUGGCUCAGAUGGAACUAUCCAAUAAGUAGAUGGGCCUAUAUCUCCUUUAAAUGUUGAUAUUUGGUUGCGUUGUCAACCAAACACAAUUCAAUAUUACUUUUGUAAUACAGUAAAUAGCCUAAUGUUAAGGCUAUCUUAUAAACUCAUGUAACAUUCAACCUUAAAAUUAGUAAACCUCAAUGUGGCCACGGAUGUGUACUGUAACUAUACAUUUCUUCUUAUUUAAUCAUAUAAUGUGUGCAUGUUCAAGAUAGCAUGCAUAGGUCAUCGCCGGUCUGUGGAGAUCUUUACAAUUGUUGUAAUAAUCAGUGCAGAAUCUCAAACAUCAUUGAUCACUUGCACCAUGUACUUUUUAUGUAAUUUCAAUUGCAAUCCAGGUCAUUUGGUUCUGCUGUUAGAUGAAGCACAGUGAUAAGAUUAAUUUGUUGUAUAAAUAAACAAAAUAUCUGACAUUGUAUUCCCAUUUGAACUUUGCUGUGCUUUUAAAUGGUUGAAAGCGUAGUGAUAGACAUUUGGGUGACAACUAAACCAAAAAUCAGACAUAGUUUUUCCAUUGGAAUUUGGUUAAGCUUUUAGAUGGUUGAAAGUAUAGUGACAACACAUUGGAAAUUCAACUAACUUUUGGCUAUCUUAUUUGAGUGUGUGAAUAUAAGUUGUAAUCUCAUUGAUCAACAUCUCAAACAAAUAUUACAUUGAAAUGACGUGGUGUGUCCAGUGGGAAACUUGACACGGUGAGCAUCAGUUCAUCUUGCACCUCUGUGAAGUUUUUAGCGGCCUCACAAAUGCGUAUGAAGUUUGGGAGAAGGGAGGGGUGAGACAGUCCAGUUUACAUAAGCAACGGUGCAGGAACCAGUUAUGAGUGGAGGCUUUCAUGUCAGACAGAGUGACUACUGGAGAAAAAAAAAAAGAAUCCCCUCUACCAAGCAUCGCUGUCUGCCCUCUGACAGAUAUUAAGGAUGAGGUUAACUGCAAAUUCUACAUCGAUUUACAUCACCAGGUGUGCCUUCACUGCCAUGUGAGAAAGGAGAGAUCUACCUUAUGGUUGAGUUCAGGGAUUUCAGAGUUCAGGGAUUACAAUCAGUCACAGGAAGCUUUUAUACUUGCAAUGAACUACUUUUGGAUUUGAAGGACGAGACUUCUUGGUCAUGACAUUAUGGUUUAAAUCUCUCUUGUCAAAGUCUACCUCUUCUGAUGAAACUGAAAAGCCUCCUAUCCUGUGUCUUAUAUCUGUCUGCCUGUAGUUUUCUGACGGUGCGUUCAACGGCAUGAGGGCCAUCAAGUCUCUGCACCUGGAAAACAACAAGCUCAAGUCCCUCCCCAAGAGCCUGGAGUUCACCACCAUCACCAACCUCACGCUCUCCAACAACCCCUGGAGCUGCACCUGCAUGCUAGCCCCUCUGCGCAAGUAAGUAAUGACCUCACCUUUACACACACAUACAGUAGGAAAUCUUAUCUUGAACUGACACAAUAGACAAUAGAAAACCAUACACAAACAGUUAUCUGUUUGAAAUACACACUAAACGGAAACCAUUAAUACAUUUCAACAUUCUAAAAUCUUGAUUAACAAACAUAUUAUCCAAACCGUGAGAGAGAACUUCCAAGACCCUGUAUGUCUGAUUCUCUCUGUUUCCCUCCACUAGGUGGAUGGACUCUAGCCGCCAGCGCCCUGAUGCGCUCUGUGCCUCUCCAUCCUCACAGAGAGGAAAGCAGAUCAGGGAUAGCUCCGCCUUCAGCGACUGCACAGUUAAGACAAAGAGAGCCAAGAAGGGCACACGCCAUUAA